UUCAGUGCGCGCCGUCUAUCCCGGGACUGUGGCUCAUAUCGAAUCAGACCAAAUGGAAUUCUGCACUGCCUUCUUAAAAGAUUCCCUACAUUUUAAUUCGCACAUACACAUCUUCCUCUGACGUUUUGCCCAGCAUACAACACACCGCUGGCGUGACCAGAAAAAGCUUCUCGGUUACAUUGAGAAUCGAGACAGCAGCAAAGACAUCCGAGAGAAAAAAUACAAAAUAGACUCUUGCACCGCUGUCAGGAGAGGCCCCGCCACCAUGCCGCUGUUCGGUAAAUCCCACAAGAAUCCCGCCGACAUCGUCCGGACUCUGAAGGAGAAUAUGGCCAUCCUGGUCAAACAAGACAAGAAAACAGAUAAGGCAUCAGAGGAGGUGUCUAAGUGUCUUGUGGCCAUGAAGGAGAUACUAUAUGGGACCGGUGACAAGGAGCCUCACACAGAGACGGUGGCCCAGUUGGCCCAGGAGCUCUACAACAGCGGCCUGCUCAUCUCGCUGGUGGAAAACCUGCAGGUCAUCGACUUUGAGGGGAAGAAGGACGUGUGUCAGAUCUUCAACAACAUCCUGCGGAGGCAGAUCGGCACCCGCAGCCCCACCGUCGAGUACUUCUGCUCUCACCAAGAGGUGCUGUUUGUGCUGCAAAAAGGGUAUGAGACCCCUGGGUCGGCGCUGAACUGUGGCAUCAUGCUGAGGGAGUGCAUCAGACACGAGCCACUGGCCAAGCUGGUUCUCCACUCAGAACACUUCCAGGACUUCUUCAGUUACGUAGAGCUGGAGACCUUCGACAUCGCCUCAGACGCUUUCGCCACCUUCAAGGACCUGCUCACAAGACACAAGGUCCUGGUAGCUGAAUAUCUAGAGCAGAAUUAUGACGCAAUCUUUGACCAGUAUGAGAAGUUAUUACACUCUGAUAACUAUGUGACAAAGAGACAGUCAUUAAAGUUGUUGGGAGAGCUUCUGUUGGACAGGCAUAACUUCACAGUGAUGACCCGGUACAUCAGCAAGCCUGAGAACCUGAAGCUGAUGAUGAACCUACUGAGGGACAAGAGCCCUAACAUACAAUUUGAGGCCUUCCACGUAUUCAAGGUGUUUGUAGCGAACCCCAACAAGACGCAGCCCAUCGUAGACAUCCUGCUGAAGAACCAGCCCAAACUCAUCGACUUCCUUAACAACUUCCAGAAGGACCGCAUGGACGACGAGCAAUUCAACGACGAGAAGACCUACCUAAUCAAACAGAUCCGAGACCUAAAGAAACCCGCCUCUUAAAACCUUACCCCCAUUCGUCCCUAAAACCCUUCCCCUUAGCUAUGACCUUUACCUAACCUUUACUUUUUAUUGUUGACAAAAAUACAUUGACAAUAAUGAUUCAGUUUCAAAUAUCGAAGACAAUAUUGUCUUUUUCUUGGUUCCUUUAACUUUGAGGAGAAUAGUUCUCAAUCAGAUUUUUUUUCUUAGGUGAUUGGCUGAGUGAGCUGUGGAGACCACUGGUCAUCACUUUAAUUGCGCAAAGAUUUUUUUGCAAAUGUUCUCUUCUUUUCAUUGCCACUUGCAGGCAUGAGCCAGCUAGAUAGUUCUGACUUCUAAUACUCUCCUAAUCUAACCACAGUACAACUGAAGUAUCCAGAAUCAUAGAAGGAAUUGCUAUUUCUCCAUUAGAGGAUCUAAAUGGUAUUCUCAAAUGUUCUGUAGAACUCCUCUUCAGACUCACAUUCCCUGCUAGUCUUACUCCUGCGGUUGUACUUCCACAAUUUACACUUAAGUUGUGCUUCAACGCUGUAGUAGGUCCUCUGACAUGACAACUCUCUAAAUUUGAUCUUACAAGGAACAUAUUAGAUGUCUGGUGAUCAGCGGGGCCAUUCUUUUACUGCCAAGUCAUAUUCUAUACGAAGGUUAUCAAUAGUUUUGAUAAUUGAUUCUCCACAGAUGGCUGGUAGCACUUUCUGUAUCAUUCAACGCUAAAGGAUCUAUUCCUUUUUGGUUCAUUUUAUGCUGAUGAAGUAGUUUCCUGUUCAACAGGAUUCUAUCAUGAUGAUUAAAAAAAAGUUUGGGGUUUUAACCCAUAAGUGAGUGCCAUUGCGGGUGACAGAAAAAUCCUCUGAUUUUUUUAUUUUUUCUGUAAGAAAGUGAUUUCUUUAACUUGUUUUCAUGGUGGAGGGGGAUGGUUGGUGGAACACAUUAACAGUAGGGGUACAUACAGAGGUGCCUUUGUUUUUGUUUUCCCUUUCUUUGUAUUUUAAAUACUUUCCUAGGCAGAGCUUAAUUCUUAUUUAGAAAAAUAUGGUCUGGUUGAACAUAUUAGUCGUGAUUAAGCAAUGAACCUUGAACUCACUAUAUUUGAGUUGUGCAGUUGAAGGAAUAUUUUUACUUUAAAAAAAUGUUGUGCAGUUCAUUGAUCGCAUCAUACAACUAGAAACCAGGAGGCCAAAACUCAGGACUAUGAUUGUCCAGGAAAGUUAACAUACCAGUAAACUGGAUAAGGUAGAAGCAUCUUGCUCUGAAUUUAUUUUAUUUUGUACAUGGAGCUUGUUUUGGGGUAAAUCUAAAUUAAAUAACCUCAUAAAUUGACCCAAUGCAUAUUUUAAUCAUGGUGGUUGAGCUUGUAACUUACAAUCACAUCUAAAUUGAAAAUAUGAACUAAUUAAUAUGGCUCUUCAAAGUAAUAUUGAAUAAUAAAUGUGAUGGGCACCAUGCCACAGACAAGUGAUUGUUCUUUAAAUUGCCAAAUACUUUAUUUUUACAAUUGGUAGAUUGGACUUGACACAUAAGGGAUAGUAUCCUCAAUGCCCUUGUUUUGGUGAAACUGUCAUUCUAGCCCUGUUCUAUAUCUGGUGCUAACAUGCAAUCUUGAUCUUGACCACAUUUCUAGACCAGUGUAAACAAUAAUUAAUUGUGAACAGAUCUUCCUGACCACCUCUCGAGGUAGCUGGGGACAAAUUGAUUGGUUGGAUGAAAGUUCAGUGGGCAGAGCUUAGAGUGACAUGUCAGUGGGUGGAGUUUACAAGUGUUUCAGGGAGGUGGAGUGCUUGUGGGAGGGUGUUGCCAGUUUGAAUCCCAAUGCGGCUUUUGUUUUACAACCUACUUAAAUGUUUUAAUACAUAUCUGACAUUCUAAAAUGACUAAAGGAAUGAACAGCUUUAUAAAAUGCACAAAAACAAUAAUGGUGCCCUCCCUCCUGCUGGUGCUGUGAACUAGGAGAGGGACCAUAAGGUCACAGUCUUGCCAUGCCAAUGACCUUUCUCAAAAGUUGUAUUUUGAACCCUAUUCCCUCCCUGUAUUCAAAUUAUGAGAUUCCCAAUGUUAAGACAUAUUGAUCCCUUGAAUCAAUGAUUUUAGAGGGACGGUUUGACAAUCCAGAUCUGUUUACACUUGUAAGAUACAAUUAGUCCUCGAUGACCUCUGGAGGUAGUCAGGAAGAAUCACCAUCAAUAAUUUUAAUAUUCUACACAGGUCUAGAAAUGGUCACAAUCAGAAUAUGGACAAGAUCAGGACCCAUGUUAAUACCAGGUAUAAACGGCGCUUCGAAUGGCAAACUGUGACUUUGUUGGAUUAAAAUGAUAAGAGGCUGUAUCAGUAGGAACUUACACCCGAGCCAAAACAGAUUUACUUAACAUACUGUAAUAUUGACCCUUUUCAACCAUGGGAUUUCAUUUUUUUUUUUUAUCACAUUGACACCACAACACCAAUAAAAUAAAUGCAUACAUUG